AGGACAGGCGCAGAUUUGGCCCGGUCCAUAAUGUUCCAAGCUGCACGAGCUCACCUCGCUGGAGCAAUCAUCCGGUCGGCUGGACGAGCUCAGCAGCCGCGCGAGAUCCGCACGCCGAAAUCCCCCAGAUCUCUCUCCUUCCCUCGCGCGGCAAUGGCAUCGGUGGACGCCGGCGAGGGGCAGGCAGCGCCGGCGCCCAGGGCCACCGUCUCACACGUCAUCUUCGACAUGGACGGCCUCCUCCUCGACACGGAGGGGUUCUACACGGAGGUGCAGGAGAAGAUCCUCGCGAGGUACGGCAAGGUGUUCGACUGGUCCCUCAAGGCCAAGAUGAUGGGCAAGAAGGCCGCCGAGUCGGCGCGCAUCUUCGUCGACGAGUGCGGCCUCGCCGGCCUGCUCACCCCGGAGCAGUUCCUCGAGGAGCGCGAGGGCAUGCUGCAGGAGCUCUUCCCCUCCUGCGCCGUCCUGCCCGGGGUAGUACGAUUGAUUCAUCAUCUCCAUGCAAACGAAAUACCUAUCUGUGUCGCGACAGGAUCCCAUAAACGUCAUUUUGCACUGAAGACACAGAACCACCAGGAAAUGUUUGCCUUGAUGCAUCAUGUUGUCAUGGGGGAUGACCCAGAGGUGAAGGCUGGCAAGCCAUCUCCUGAUAUUUUCCUUGCUGCCAUGAGAAGAUUUGAGGGUAAUGUAGAACCAAGUAAGUGCUUGGUCUUUGAAGAUGCGCCAUCAGGUGUAGGAGCAGCUAAGAAUGCUGGCAUGUAUGCAGUGAUGGUCCCAGAUCCGAGGCUGGAUGUUUCGUAUCAGAAAGAUGCUGACCAAGUCCUCAGUUCCCUGUUAGAUUUCAACCCGACCGAAUGGGGCUUGCCACCUUUUAAAGAGUAGUGGAAAUUGAGGAGGUUCAAGUGAGUAACAGAACAUUGGCAGGUUGAUUUACAUAUGCAAAAGCUGGAAUUGUGAUUAGGGUUAGUGGGUAACCAUUGAACAUUCUUGCUGUGUCUGAUUUGGUGAUAGCAAGCUACUGCAUAUACUUCAAUAAAGACCCUCCCAUCAA